AUGCCUCGACAAAUUCUCGAUAUCAAAAAUUUCCUCGCAAUUGCUCAACGAAAAGACGCAAAAUCCGCUCGUAUCAAGAAAAAGAAGAAAAGUUCGAGCGUGAAAUUUAAGCUUCGUUGCUCUCGCUAUUUAUACACAUUAGUAGUCGAGGAUGCGGAAAAGGCAGAGAAACUUCGUAAAUCACUUCCGCCUGGUCUCGCCGUUACAGAUGUCUAG